CUUAGCGAAAUAUUGGAUGGUGAAGUGGAUUUAUAUCGAAAUAUAAUGUCGACAUUAAUAUGGAGAUCUUUGGUGUCGUUAAGUAGGAUUUCUAAUAAUGCUUUCACGAAGUUUAGACAUAUAAGUACAUCAAAAACUUUAUACCAACAAUCUGUUUUACCAAAGAAUCCUAAGAAAAUAAAGUCACCGAUAACAUGGCGAAGCUUGACAAUCUCAGGUCUUGUUGGCACCAGCCUUUUGUUAUAUAUGUAUUACUUGAGGAAGGAAAAAGAUAUGGUUCUAGCACGGGAAAGGAAACGACAAUUAGGCAAAGCUAAAAUUGGUGGUAGUUUUGAACUAAUAGAUACAAAGGAAAAGACAGUAAAGUCUGAUGACUUUUUAGGACAAUGGGUAUUGAUAUACUUUGGAUUUACUCAUUGUCCGGAUGUUUGUCCCGAUGAAAUUGAAAAAAUGACAAAUGUAGUGGAUAAGCUCGAAAAAGAACACAACUUUAAGAUACAACCAAUUUUCAUAUCGGUAGAUCCAGACAGAGAUACACCUGUUGUUGUUGAAAAAUAUCUUAAGGAAUUUUCAGAAAAAAUCAUUGGCCUCACUGGUAACACAGAACAGAUUGCACAAGCAUGCAGAGCAUAUCGAGUUUAUUUCAGCAGUGGCCCUAAGGAUCAAGAUGAUGACUAUAUUGUGGAUCACACAAUUAUCAUAUACUUAGUUGAUCCAGAGGGUUUAUUUGUUGAUUAUUAUGGACAAACACAUGAUGUUGAUAAAAUUAUAACCAGUAUUCUUAUGAAUAAGUUGAAACAUGAUCAAUUAAGUGGUGACUCUCCUUCCUGGUUGCCAGCAUUAUCAAUUAAAGGAAUAUUAUAAACAUAAAUCAUUCCUACGUACAGUGAAUUUUGAUGUUAAUGUUGUACAGUUAAUUUAUACGUAUUGUACACUAGUGAACGUAUGUUUAUAUGUAUAUAUAUAUAAAAUGUUUAUAUGUAUAUAUAUAUAAUAUAUAAAUAUAUAGUACAUGUAACCAUUUUAUCAAUAUUUUCAAAUUGGAAUAAUUUCCACUGUAUUUGUAGAAAUGGGGUAGUUUGGUUCUUUCAUUCACUCGAUCUGUCAAUUUUUAUACAUGAUACUUUUUUUUUUUAACACUCGUUUAA